AUGACUACCUACAUCCCUUCUCUUACGUUGCCCAUCGCGGCCCUUCAGCACGCGCCUACGUCCAUCCUGCUGCCCAUCGCCCUUGGCACCGCCAUCGGCUACAGCACCAAACGCAACCCAUCUCACAACCUUUUCCUUGCAGCCGACAAGACGGUCAAGACGUACCACGCGCUCAAGCAGCCCCCGCUGCACCCGCCCGCCUAUGUGUUUGGCCCCGUCUGGACAGUUCUCUACGGACUCAUGGGCUACGCCGCGCACCGGGUCGCCGCUGUUGGCCUCUCGCCGCUCUCUUCCCCCGCGACCGCCGCCUCCACCAAGCACUCGCUGACCGUGUACACGAUCCAGCUCGGGCUCAACCUCGCGUGGAUGCCGCUCUUCUUCGGCGCCCGCCGCCCCGUCGAGGCCACGGCCGACCUCGUCGCGCUGCUCGGCCUCAACGGCUGGCUCGCCUGGACGUGGAGCGCCGUCGACGAGACCGCAGCGUGGCUGCAGCUGCCAUACCUGGGCUGGCUCGCGUUCGCGACGUACCUGUCCGCCGGCGCUGGAUACCUCAACGGGUGGGACAUGUCGGAUGAGGCGCUGGAGGCUGGAAAGAAGGCCGAGUAA